AGUACAAACUGUCCGUUUCGAGCAAGGAAGUUUCCUUGGUUUCGAGCAAGGCUUCCUAAUAGUUUCAACCAAGGCUUUCUUGGUUUUGACGAAGGUUUCCUUGAUUUCGAUCAAGGCUUCCUUGGUUUCAAGUGUUGCUGCGCGGCACGUUUGACACACGCUCCUCCUGUGUUUAAUUCAGCGUCCUGUGAGGCCACUGUACCUCACGGCGCCCUCCUCAGUGGCCUGGCAGACUUGGGAAGUGAAAGCACCAAGUAUUUUUUUUUUUUUUCAUUUGUCAACACGGAAUAUCUCUUGCUACUGCACCUCAAGAAUGGAACUUGUUCCUGCCGUGCGUCUUAUCAUUGAUAACCAGACGUCAUCCCAAUGUGUAGCGGAUGUCUGAUGUCCUUGGAUUUUAUUUUACAAAUUUACCUGGCUAAGGAGCAUUGUAAUGAAGGAAAUGGAAGGCACAGAGCAUAAUGUCUGUGCUGAGGAGAUUUCUAAACAUGGGACAGGAGGUGACAGUAAUGAAGAGGAUGGAAAGAAGCUGGACUCAGAGGCAGCCACCACCACCUGCCAGGACUCUGGGCUUAGCUCAGGCAGGGAUGCAGCACUCACAGGUCCUCCUCAUACACCCAAGAAGGUCACUGCUAAGUCACACAGCAGCCGAGGAAAGACACUCUCCCCUUGCUUGACGUCAACCCCUAAAAAGAAACUUUUUGAUCUUGCAGAAGAAAGUAAUUAUGCUAUCAUAUCAAGUCAAGCGAUUCUUGAAGACCCACUUCUGUCUUCUAUAGAUGAACCGGGAAACUCAACUGACUACCAGGCGGAGAGUCUCACAUCAGAUGAGGAUAGUGAGGAUGCUGGCUCUAGGCUUUGCAAGACAAAGGUUAAAGCUGAAAGUGAUGCCUCCCAGAGAAAAACUCCCGUGUACAAAUUAGUGAAUGAUCUAUCAAACACAAGAAUAUCAACAAGUCAGUCAUUCUCUGAAACUAUACAGCAGCAUGUUGUGGAAGCAAAUCCAGCAUCUGUUAAGAAAAAUCUUUUUGACAUUCCAGUCAGCCCAAAACUGAAGAACAGAGUACGUGAAAGACUUUACACUUUGGUCAACUCCAUUGAAGGAUAUGAAAACAGAGUUUAUGUGAGAGAUGAAGAAACAUCAGGGCAAAUUCACAAUAUGGAAUCAUUCUCCAAAGUAAACAUCAAGAGUCCAAAGAGUACAAAGAAUGGUGUCAACACAUUUUCAAAGCUGCCAGUAUACAGCUCUUCAGAUGUGUCCACCAGUCAACAAAACUGCUUCCAUGACCUGAGUAAUGCCUCAGCCCUCGGCAGCAGCCUCAUGGAGAGGUACGGGUGUGCUCUGUCAGGGGUUAUAACCUCUCAAAUAAAAUCUCUUCAGCACCAUCAAGAUCAGCUUAAUCAAGAAAAAUUAAGCUUAGCGAUGCAGAAAAAGGAACAAGAAACUAGUGCUAGAAUUUCUUUAUAUCAUGAAAAAUUGCAGCUGAUGAUUCAGAUGGUGGAAGAAUUGGAACUCAGAUCUGUGAAGCAUCAGGCAGCAGCAAGGGACCAGGCUGAGCACCACAACCAAAGGAUGAAGGAGCAAGAGGAGCAGCACCAGGAGGAGUUGGCUGCCCUGAGAGCUGAAUGCCACAGGAAGAUUGAAGAAGCAAGGGUACAGACACAAUUGGCAGACAGGGCCUGUGAACAAAGACUGUUGGAGGUGAUUUCUGCAACACAAGUCAAAUCUGCAGCACUUGAGAAGGAACUUAAAGCUCAGAUAUCUGAUCUAAAUUCAUCCAUCACCAGAUUAAGAGCUGAGAAGAGAGUCCUUGAGGCAUCACUGGAAACCCUCACCUCGGAUAUUGACAGGACACAUCUGGUGUCAGGCUCACCCUCGCCUCAGGGAGGGAGAGAGGCUGGCCAUGGGGAGCACAGUAAACAGACAGACAACAUGAGGAGGGACAACGGCCUGUACAAAGACCUCAGUGGAGACCUGCUGAAGACAAGGUCCCAGGAGGAAGUUCGGUUCUGGAAAAAGGAAUCUGAACAAUUUCAGAAGAAACUACAUGAAGCAGAAGUUAUGCAAAGAGAACUCAUUGGUGAUAUGUUCCAGGACACUCACUCCAAAUCCAAGGUUGAUCAUGAGGUACUGGGGGUGCAGAGUGCUGGUGAGAGUGAAGAACUGAGGAGCACUGUGGCUGUCCUGCAGGAAAAACUGUCUCAAGCUCUGAAGGAAAAUGUUGCUCUCAAACAAAAGCUAAAUGAUUGUCAUGAGAGAGAAACAGACCUUAUGAAGAAGCUAGCCCUGAAAGAGGAUGAAGUUACUUCUCUCAGAGCAGAGUUAAAAUUCUCCAAGAUGCAGGUCCUUCAGGGGAAUGAAAAUCUUGAACUUCAGCUCAAGGAAUGUGCAGAACACCAUAAACAAACUAUGGUCAGUUACCAGUGUGAUGUGGAAAGGGAGACAUCUGCAGCAGUGACAGCAGCCCUGGCACACCACCGGGAGAAGACCCAUCACCUCUUGGCAGACCUAGGGGCGCGCUACGAGCUCCUCAUCAGAAGUACUCGUGCUCACUCCAGGGCUCAAAUUAAUGAGUACAAGAAGGCUGUGCGAUGUCUAAAGGAAAGAAAUAAGAUGAUGGAGAAAGGAUAGGACAGUUUUCCUUCAUCCAGUAAAAUAACUGGCUGAAUAGGUAAAGUUACUCUAUACAUGAAUAACUGAAGUGAUGAAUAAAAUGAGUUUGGUGGCAUGACAUUCAACUGAUACUUGAUUAAGAAUGAAUGCUUUGCAUUCUACAUAAAUCAGAGGGAAAAAUUAUGCUGAUUAAUAAAUAUAAUUCUAAUUGCACAUUCAGGAAGUAAGCAGUUCACACAGGGAAGCCACAGAACACCUGACUUCUGAUCUCUCUAAAAUUUCUGAUUGGGGCAGAGCAAACUUGGUAUUGAUCAAUGCCUCAAAAACUCAAUUCCUCCAUCUUUCAACUCAACACAUCUGUCCAGACAACUAUCACCUCUUCAGUGACACUCAACCGUCCUUCUCUUCUACACUGAACAUCCUCGGUCUGUUCUUUACUUAUAAUCUAAAUUGGAAACUCCACAUCUCAUCUCUAGCUAAAACAGCUUCUAUGAAGGUGGACGUUCUGAGACGUCUCUGUCAGUUUUUCUCACUCUUCCAGCUGUUAACUCUGUACAAGGGCCUUAUCUGUCCAUGUAUGGGGUAUGCUUCACAUGUCUCUGGGGUUCCACUCGUACUACUUUUCUAGACAGGGUGGAAUCGAAAGCUUUUCAUCUCAUCAACUCCUCUCCUCUAACUGUCUUCAACCUCUUUCUCAUUGCUGCAAUGUUGCAUCUCUUGCUAUCUUUUACCACUAUUUUCAUGCUAACUGCCCUUCUGAUCUUGCUAACUGCACGCCUCUCCUCUUUGUGCAACCUCACUGCACAAGACUUUCUUCUUUCACCUCUAUUCUGUCCACCUCUCUAAUGCAAGAGUUAACCAGUAUUCUCAAUCAUUCAUCCCUUUCUCUGGUAAAUUCUGGAACUCCCCACCUGCUUUUGUAUUUCCACCUUAUGACCUGAAUUCCUUCAAGAGGGAGGUUUCAAGACACUUAUCCUUCAAUUUCUGGCUGUCCCUUUGGACCCUGUUUGGGGACCGACAAAAACAAUUAGUUUUUAAUUAUGUGAUAUUUCUGUGAUAUUUUUGAAGUUUAUUUUUAGAGAUGACAAAUAAAAGUAGUUAUAGUG